AUGGUAUCGGUGGGCAUACACGUGGACAAUAAGCUCAUGGCCUGUGGGGGUGUCCUCAUUGGGCGCCAGUACGUGCUGACAGCCGCCCAUUGUGUCAAAUGGCAUAGGCGCACAUUUAAGCCCAUGGAGCUAGUAGUGAGAGUGGGCGCCCACUACCGGACCCAUUAUGAGACUAUGGCCAGGGAUCACAAAGUGGAGUCUGUUACAGUGCACCAAAACUACACUGACACAAUCUAUGGUUACGAUAUAGCGCUUAUUAAAUUGAGAAAUAAAGUCAAGUUUAGUCGACGCGUACAUCCCAUAUGUCUGCCCCCGGAUAACAGCGACGAUUACGAGGGUCGGGUGGCUAUGGUGUCGGGUUGGGGUCAUACGGCUCAGGGAGGGGUGGAUAGCCCUGUACUUAUGGAGGUACCGGUACCCGUAUGGAAGAACAGAGAUUGCUAUUAUAGUUAUAUUAAUACAACCAAGGUAACCUACAAUAUGCUAUGCGCUGGUUAUAAGAAGGGUAGUAGAGAUUCGUGUCAGGGCGACUCAGGCGGGCCAUUGAUGGUAAAGUCUGAGAGUGAGGGUAGGUGGGUGCUCAUUGGGGUGGUAUCGUGGGGCGAGGGGUGUGCCCGACCAAAUUAUCCCGGUGUUUACACCAGGGUCAGCGAGUUUAUUAAAUGGAUUCGUGAGGUAAUAGCUCAACUAAGCAAUACAUUGACUAGUUCAUCGAGCACGUUUUCAACUGUAACUGAUACUACAAUCACAACUGAGCAUACUACCACCACAACCACUUCUAACCAUGUUAAUAUCACUACAAUACCCCCAAUCAUUACCACCACUGGGGACAACCUUAAUGAUUGGUGGGAUAGUCAGCCAUUAGCCAAAAUAUGUGGUCGUGGAUCAGACUCUGGACGUAUAGUAGGGGGAUGGGAAGCAAAACACGGCACAUAUCCCUGGAUGGUUGGCAUAAAACUGAAGGGCAGUUCGCGUAUGUUUUGUGGCGGAACCCUAAUCGCCGGGCAGUACGUACUGACAGCAGCCCAUUGUUUCAGGAAAGACAGAAAGUGGACUGAAAACGCUGGUGACAUAGCCGUAAGGGUGGGCGCCCAAGACCUACGAGCCAAUGAAUCAGAGGCCAGGGAUCACGGAGUGGUGUCCAUACGGAUACCCAGAAACUACAUAGAAGUCUCCAAAGGCUACGAUAUAGCGGUACUUAAACUGAGAAAUAAAGUCAAGUUUAGCCGACGCGUACACCCCAUAUGUCUGCCCCCGGGUAACAGUGCCGACGACUACGCGGGUGCGGUGGCUGUGCUGACUGGUUGGGGCGACACGACUGAGGGCGGGGUGACUAGCCCUGUGUUGCUAGAGGUGCCCGUCCAGGUGUGGGAUAACAGUGCGUGCGAUAAGAGUCUGGAGGGGUUUGACGUGAUAUCGAGUAUGAUAUGCGCCGGUGAUAGGGCUGGCGGUAAGGAUAGUUGUCAGGGAGACUCCGGUGGGUCGUUGAUGUUGAGCAAGAGAUCAACUACACCCCAGCCCCCUAUCACCAAACCAUUUGACACCAAAAGCAAUGAUAAUAACUAUUUACAUAAUGCUGACCCGGCUAAAUCUACACCAUCUAUACUCCCACCAUCCCCCAAAAGUAGCCUAAACGGGGGCCGGUGUGGCGUAGCCCAUACCAGACGUAUAAUGGGCGGAGGGUUUGCCACCCCGCGCCAGUACCCCUGGAUGGCCGCCAUUUUACUGCCCAACAAGACUACGCCCGACUGCGGGGGUGCUCUCAUCGGCGACCGAUACGUGUUAACCGCCGCCCACUGUCUGCACCGAGCGUUCGGCGAUAGCCUCGCCGCCGGCGACCUAACCGUACGGUUGGGUGCGUUUGACUUUGGCGUUGAUCGGGAACACCACGCGGACGACUACCCCGUAGCUAACUAUACUGUCCACGACGGGUACGACACGGUUAUGCUGGAAAAUGACUUGGCUAUCAUCAAGUUAAGUAGCAAGGUGAACUACACGCCUACUGUACACCCUAUAUGUCUGCCACCAAAGGACGUGGAAAGAGAUGACUACACGCACCGGCAUAUAUGGGUAGCCGGUUGGGGGAGGACUAGCUUUAAAGGCGCUCAGAGCACUCGUAUGAAGCACGUGGAGCUCCCGGUGUGGCUGAACGACAGGUGCGAUGAGGCGUUGUAUGAUUUUGACGCAAAGAGCAAGGUGUUUUGCACGGGUCAUGACCAGGGGGGUAUGGAUGCGUGUCAGGGCGACUCAGGGGGUCCGCUAAUGUUGAGGGAUGAGGGGGACAGGAGGUGGCGGUUAGUGGGAGUUGUGUCGUUUGGAAAUGAGUGCGGACUGCCUAAUAAUCCCGGUGUUAAUACUAGGGUCACUGAGUAUCUGGAUUGGAUCAGCGAGCAUACUAUGGAUUAG